GCUCAUAAGCCGAGAUUCGACAGGACUUUUUUCCCGGAACAGCUGCCAACAGUUUAUAAUCCUAUGUUUCUUUAUUUACACCGUGUUCGUGACCGCGGGUCGAGAGGCGACCACUAUCCCCACGUACUAAAUAUUCUAAGUAGUGUGCUUGCGUGGGUAUUCAUACGUGAUUUCCCAGUGUCAUACAGCGCAGCCCCAACAAGCGCAUAGUUAAAAUCCAAUCAGCACACGCCGUACGCUUACAUGCAGACCAAUCGCGCACACAAGGUGCGCUCCACCUUGUGCAUGGACGCAUGCACGUAUGUAUACAAAGAAGCCCAUCAUCAUCAUUAGCAGUAGCAGCAGCACCAGCAGCAGCAACAGCAGUGUGAAAAGAUUACAAAGAAAGAGAAUAGAAGUAGCUAGCAGUGAGUGAACGCGAUAAGGUAGCAGCGGUUAGUCGCGUCGCGCAAUCAUGGCACCCCGAUGAAUUCUCGCCGCGAAAAGGAAACUAUGGACAGAAAGAAAUACGUAAAAGUCUGAAAAGUAAAAUUGCGUAAAUAUAAUAACCGAGCUCCGCGAAGACAGGCGACACCUGCGUGCCACGACGAUAACGGCCGUGAUUUCGUUUUAUAUACCUGGUAUAAAUUACCGCAGGUAGUACAGGUCGCGCAGUCACGCGUAUACCUGGAAAAACGAUGAGUCGAUAGACGGGCGGUCUUCUCUGUUCUCGCACUGUAGCCAAAUGAAUCUUAAACGCGUCUGCGGCUCGCAAACCUUCAGUGUUAAAACAAGUGAAUCUGAGAGUUGAACCAGCGGUUUUUUAAAAAUCGAACGCCCCGAACCGCCGCUGGCCCCCAAGGGGUCUGUUUCUUGAACGUAUUCGCGGCCCGCAAACCGUCGGGAGUUAAAACAAGUGGAUCGGUGAAUUGAACCAGCAGUUUUUUGAAAAUCGAACGGCCCGAACCGCCGCUGGCCCCAAUGUUCAACCCAGCUGGUAGCGACUCGCCUUCCUUGUCAUCCGCGCUCUCGUCCUCAUCCUCGGCCGUUGUCUCGAGGUGAUAACAGUCGCCUGAAGCGAGGCGCGAACGGUCGAUACACGCGGCAAACCGAGCCGAAUUCCCUUGGACAGAGCAACCUGAACCCUAAACAUGAACGGCCUCAGCCUGAGCGAGUUGUGCUGUCUUUUCUGCUGCCCCCCAUGUCCGUCCAGGAUCGCGGCUAAGCUCGCCUUCCUUCCUCCGGAGCCGACGUACUCCUUCACCGAGGACGAGGCCUCCAGCUCGAAAUUUACCAUCGCCCUCUCGGAGCGUGCCGAGUGGCAAUAUACGGAGCGCGAAAAGGAAUCCGUCGAGGGUUUCUACGCCCGCACCUCCCGCGGGAAUCGGAUCGCCUGUUUGUUCGUCAGGUGUUCGGCGACCGCGAGGUUUACGAUACUAUUUUCCCACGGAAAUGCCGUCGACCUCGGACAGAUGUCCAGCUUCUACCUGGGCCUCGGCUCCAGGAUAAACUGCAACAUAUUCAGCUACGAUUAUUCUGGCUACGGGGUAUCGGGUGGCAAACCUUCGGAAAAGAAUUUGUACGCCGAUAUUGACGCCGCCUGGCAUGCUCUCAGGACCAGGUACGGCAUCAGCCCUGAAAACAUCAUCCUCUAUGGACAGAGCAUCGGCACCGUUCCUACCGUCGAUCUUGCAGCCAGGUAUGAAGUCGGCGCUGUCGUUCUUCAUUCGCCUCUUAUGUCUGGGAUGAGGGUCGCCUUUCCCAAUACCAAGAGGACCUGGUUCUUUGACGCUUUUCCUAGUAUAGAUAAAGUUCCAAAAGUGACGUCGCCUGUUCUGGUCAUCCACGGGACGGAAGACGAAGUUAUAGACUUUAGCCAUGGUCUAGCGAUUUACGAACGAUGUCCAAGACCUGUGGAACCAUUAUGGGUUGAGGGAGCAGGUCACAACGACGUGGAGCUUUACAAUCAGUAUUUGGAACGACUGAAGCAGUUUGUGAGCGUAGAGCUGGUCAACUGACGUCGACUGAGCCUCUCCCAGGGUCAGGGGGGGCAAGUAGGAGGUCAUGUACGUGCUGGAAACCAGGGUCACUCGGUUUCGAACAAUUCAAACACGACCAGUUCAAUAUCAACAACAUCACCUACAGAAAAACUUCUAUAGCAAUCGCCCUCCGCAGGGGAGACUAUCCCAGUUCUUCCCUGUGACCAGGAUACCUCACCUCUCUCAAACGAUGAGGUAUUCUACUUCCAAGAGGAUAAAUCUAUCCCGACUAAAAAAGCCAGCAAUGAUGUCGUUCCCUCCUCAAUUACAAUGUGUGAUCAAAAAAAAGGCAUGGAAGUAGCGCCACCUGAACAGGCGGUCUACUGUGCUAGUGAUCAUUGCGCCAAGAGAGAGCCAAGGCCGGCUGAAACUGUCUCGGAAAACGGCAGUACAAUAAAAAGAAGUCAGAGAAAUCAGGCCAGCGACAUUGAUGCGUCAAAGAAACAUAACAAGCAAGGAAUAUUGAAGAAAUUGUCCUCCGGUGAUCAGACCGGCAACUUUAGCUUGGUCAAAAUCCAGAUUGAAACUUGUCCGCAAUUCACUGAAAGUAAAACCAGCCGGAGUUCUAACACCGUGGAAGGCGAAACUGACGCGAAAUCGUCAAGGGUAAAACAGAACAGUACGCAGAGUCAAACACAGACUCAAAGCUAUAAUUCUGUCGAACCUGAGAUGGAAACAGAGUCCUUGAGGAACAGUAAUAGUAGAAGUCGCGUUAAGAAAUCCGCGAUUUCGGAGAGCUCAAAAAGCACUAAAACGAACCCUGAAUGCUCAAAAGAAAAGAGAUCCUCGCUAGGUAACAAGGCUGUGAAAAGCUGUUCGAAGGUCAGCGAUAAACGUGACGUGAAAAAGCAAAAACCUUCCUGCAGUCCGUUCAAGAAGCUCAGUCGAUCGUCGCUUACAAUUGAGCCUGAUAAGAUCACUGUUAAUUUAUCAAAGUAUUCACCAUGCGCCAGCAGACUUGCAGCUAGUUCAAAAAUACUGUCCAGUAACUCGCCAACGAGUCCAGAGAGCCCUCUGAGGGCUGUACGAUCCAGGAGUCCAUCAAACUAUGGCAACUGUUCGUCAACCUCUUCUUUGUCAGCGUCGGCAAGAUCGCGCGAGGUGGGGACAGGGAUGGAAAAGGUAACCAUUCAGGCCAGUCUGUCGCUCAAUAUAAGACAGUUUCAAAAAUCGGGUAAUUCUACUCCGAGAAGUAAAAGUGUCGGCGACAGCUGCGUUACCUCGCCUACUAGCGAGGGAACUACGACUAGCUGCUCUCCGACUGGAACUGAAAUACUGUCUCUUGACGAAGUGGGAUCUAACGCAGUAGUAAACAAUGACGCGGAUAAUACCGCGUCGAAACAGACUCUCGUCAGUGAGAUCCAGGGUAAUUGUGUUGCUCGUGGCUCUCAAAAAAUGAAAAAAACUACACUGGAGACCAAGUGUUAGUCAACGAUCCGCAGGUGGCGGAAACUCGAAGAUUGUAAUUCUAUCGGAGGCAAUUUUUAAGACUUCUAAAAAAUAGAGAAAAAGAAAAAAAAACUUGCAUAGUGUAAAGUAAAUCGAGUUUUUGUAUAGAUUCUACUUAUUUUGUGUAAAAUUAAAGGUGUAACAAAUCUUUAAAUACUCUGUCGUAUAGAAAUUCGUAUCAUUCGGUUAUUUUAUUUACUUAAUUAUAAAAAAUUUCGCCGUACGUUAUUUUAGGAAAGAGAAGGAGCAGAAAGUGAGCAACGCAAUUCAAACUUGAACCACUUUGAGGCAUAAAAACUAGAAGCGAAGUCGACGAGUCCAGAUAAAAUAUAAAUGUGUUGCAUACCAACUAUAUCCUAAUAAAUCUUACUAUAUAUCUGUCAUCAAGUUUUCAUCUAUCAACAACGGCUAUCGUUAUCAGGAGUAUUUCUUCCACUAUUCCUAUUCACGUUAUAAUGAUAAUAAUAUCAGGAGCAUUUAGUUCAAACAAGAACAGCAGGACUUAUGCAGUCCGAUAUUUAUCGUCGUUAAUUUACUCUGUUUCAUUUCGUCGUUAAUUCCGAUCGAUCCUAAUCAGCUUACGCUUUCGUAUAUUCAUCCGAAAGUUUUCCGUCAUUUUCAUCAAUAAUAUCCAUUGUACACUUAUGUUUCAUAUUGUACAUUCAGAUAAUUGCAAAAAAAUAAUAUUAAGGGUUUAUGUUGUAUACAUAGAACAUGAGGAGGAGAAUAACGAAUAAAAAACUGAUUUUAAAGUUGAAACAAUUGAAAAAAAAAAACAAAACCAUGAA